AUGAAGGGGAACUAAAGAUAUACACAAAUUCAUUUAACAAAUCCACUUCCUCAAGAUAAUAUGAUUGAGAAUGUCUUCGAAUCACUUGUAAAUGAAUUAAAAUAGUUUCGUUAAAACGUUCCAGUAGGUUGUUUGACAGAUAAAUGCUCACAUCAAUAAAAGGAAAAAUAGGAUUUAAGUAUGUUUAGUGGAGCAGGAGGAUAUCUCUAUUUAUAUAUGAGAAUGUACGAAUUUGUUAAAACUCUUCCAGAGGAUCUUUAAACAUUUUGUACGAGUGGAUUAAGUGAUUAAGAAUUACCCGAAUUUUAUAAUCCAGAAAUCUAUUUAGAUUUAGCAUAAAAAUAAUAUGAUGCUAUGCAAGCCAUCUUAAAACAAGAUAGAUAUAUUACAUUUUUAAUGAGCAACAUAGCCACAUCACUAUUAGGAGCAGACUUAUAUUUCAUUAAAAAAGAUAAAGAAAACUUUUCAAAAAAUAUAUCUUAGGUUUUGGGUGUCUUUGCCAAUAUAAUGGCUAAUCCAAAUUAAUUUUAACAAGAGUUAUUAUAUGGAAUCCCAGGGUAUUUAUAUAUGUUUUUGUGGAUAAAUAAAAGAUACUCUAAAGAACAAGGACCGUAUCAAUUAGAUUUAACAUCCCAUAUAUUUAAUUUAUGUAAGAUGAUUGUUGCUCAAUGUGGUGAUGGAAUAAUGAAGUGUAAAUUUUUUAAUUAAACUUAUUUUGGUGCUGCUCAUGGUAUUUUAGGAAUUAUUUAAAUAUUAUUGCUGAGUUAUGAGUAAGCUAAAGAUUACUUUCAUUUGAAAGAUGAGAAGUUUACAUUAAAAAUGCUUGAGUCUAUUUAAUUAACUCUGGAUUAUUUAAUAAAGAUCUAUUAUAAAUAGGGUAAUAUUCCACCUUCUGCUGAAGAUAUAUAAAGCGUAGAAUUACAACAAUUUUGUCAUGGAAUACCAGGAGCAGUAAGUCCAUUGUUGAAAGCAUAUCAAAUCUUUAAUAAUCAAGAUUACAUGAAUGCUUCAAUUCAUAUGUCAGAGACAUUAUAUAAAUAUGGUAUGAUAAAGAAAGGAUAUGGAAUAUGUCAUGGUAUACCAGGGAAUAGUUAUGGAUUCAUGCAAAUAUAUUAGGUAACUAAAAAUGAGAAAUUUAGAAGAUAUGCUUUCUAAUUUUUACAGUAUAAAUAAAACCCUCAUGUCUUCAACGAAGUUAAAAACUUUCCAUUCUAUGAUAGACAUGUUGUUGGAAUGUCUGAUAAUCCUUUUAGUUUGAUGCUGGGAUCGGUUGGUGACAUGUGUGCAAUGAUGGAUUUUAUAAAUUAUAAAAGAAUGCCAGGAUAUGAAGUUUGA